CGACUACGACUCCCAUUACUCUCUGCCGCGCAUGCUGGGACUUGUAGUCUCACGCUAGUUGUCUAAUCAUUUUAUCUGUGGAGCUCGGGAUGAUAACAUCGGGUGCAUCAUCUCUUCUGUGUUAUCUGUGUCCGGGAAAGUUGUCUGCCUACCAAAAUGGCCGCCAUUAUAGCUGCAGUGAGCGGAGAGAUGGAGGAGUCAUCCAGUACAGCGCCCCCUGAUGAAGACAAAGCAGGGAAAACCCACUUCAAGAUCAUUCGAUUUAUUAUGGAGGCAGGGGUGAAGCUCGGGAUGCAGUCUAUCCCCAUCGCUACGGCCUGCACCGUGUAUCACAAGUUCUUCCAUGAGACCACGCUGGAUGCCUAUGACCCCUACCUGGUGGCCAUGUCUGCCAUUUACUUGGCUGGGAAGGUAGAGGAGCAACAUCUCAGAACGAGGGACAUCAUCAACGUGUGUCACCGGUAUCUGAAUCCAGGGAGUGACCCCCUUGAAGUAGACGCCAAGUUCUGGGAGCUGCGGGAUAGCAUCGUACAGUGUGAAUUAUUGAUGCUCCGCCUCCUUAGCUUCCGCGUCUCUUUCAUCCAUCCACACAAGUAUUUGCUGCAUUACCUUGUAUCUUUAAAGAACUGGAUGAACCGGCACAGCUGGGAGCGCACACCUAUCGCCACCGCCUCUUGGGCACUCCUCAGGGACAGCUACCACGGGGACAUCUGCCUCCGCUAUGAGGCACAGCACAUAGCUGUAGCGAUGUUAUACUUUGCCCUGCAGUGCUAUGGGGUGGACGUUCCGGGCAGUGAAAGUGCAGAAACUCAGUGGUGGAAGGUGUUUAGCGAAGACAUUACUAAGGAGACCAUAGACAGCAUAAUAUCUGAACUCAUCCACAUAUAUACUAUGGAUACAGAGAUACUUUGACCUCGUUAGUUGUUUUUUAAGCUAUUGAACUAAUGGGAAUGUGUGAAGAGCUCCUUCCGUACCACAGGCGGCAAUGCAUGACCAGUAUGAGAAACAAACCGGCGCCCCCGAUCAGCAGAGACCUCUGAAGAUGUAGAUGUGCGACCAUGUCAGAUUCACAUGACAUGACCAGACUAGACGGGUUUUGUGCAUGGGGGCUUAUUAAGCACCGUCGUGCAGUAUAUUCGUCCAUGACUAAAGAAGCCUGUGUGGUGCACAUACUGUAUAGAGGAGACCUUUAUUGUGGGGUGUGAGACAAGUUAAAGAAGGUCUCUCCUGUUACCAUUACAUUGCCGUAAAUGGCCAUGUGACAAUGUUGCUAAAUCUGCUCUUUUUUUUUUUUUUUUAUUUAUUUUUUUUUAUUCUUUUUGAAAAUUGAAAAAAAAAAAAACAUUUUCAAAUAUUUAGCGGCUUCCUUUUUCUACGCAGUGCAGUUUUAGGUAUAAAUUGCACCAUUUAUAUUUAUUCUGUAGUUCCAUAUGGUCGCAAGGAUAUCCAAUUUAUAUAGGUUUGAUUUUAUUUUGCUACAAAAAAAUAGAACUACAUGCACCAAAAUUUUAUGUUGAAAAAUUUCCUCUUCUGACCCCUAUAAUUUUAUUUUUCCAUAUAAGGGGCGAUAUGAGUGAUCUGAAAUUUUUUUACCAUUCUUGUUUUGAUUGGACUUUUUGAUCACUUUUUAUUCAUUUUUUGUUUUUUUAUGGUAUAAAAAGUGACCAAAAAUAAGCUAUUUUGGACUUUGGAAUUUUUUUAAGUGUACGCCAUUGACCGUGUGAUUUAAUUAACAAUAUAUUUUUAUAGUUCCGACAUUUAUGCACGCGGUGAUACCACGUAUGUUUAUUUUUAUUUACACAAUUAUUAUUUUAUUUUUAAAUGGGAGGGGAAAAGGGGGUGAUUCAAACUUUUAUUAGGGGAGGGGUUAAAUCACAUUUAUUAACACUUUACUUAGGAUAAACACUUUACUUAGGGGGCUAUAACAUCGCACACACUGAUUUCCUACACUGAUCACUGACGUGCAAUAACAUGGCAUUGAUCAGUGUUAUCGCCGGUCGACUGCUCCUGCCUGGAUCUCAGGAACGGAGCAGUCAUUCGGCAGUCGGACAGCGAGGAGGCAGGUAGGGAUCCUCCUUGCCUCCUGCAAGCUGUUCCGGAUGCCGCGAUUUCACCGCAAUGGUCCCCAACAGCACCACUGAGCUACCCAGCAAUGUUUAAUUUCCUUUUAGACGUGGCUAUCAAGUUUGAUUGCAGGCAUCUAAAGGGUUAAUGCCGGAUAUCAGCCCGAUUAAUGAUGUCUGGCAUUAGCCGUGGGUCCUGGUUGCCUAUAGCAACCGGGAACCACCGAGUAUGAUGCGCGCUCACCUGCUGAGCGCGCGUCAUACCUCGAGAGCCGCAGAUGGAUGUUAAUGAACGUUCAUUUGUGGCAAGGGGUUAAAGAAAAUGAAGUGUAUGACAAGACCAAAUUCUUGAAAUGUUUAAAUGGGCAUUUUACAAGUGGCAGAUUUAUUUUGUCUUCAUUUUAAAUAAAUUGGCACCUGAUCAGAUCUAAAAAAAAAAAAAAAAAGUUUAUAUUGUUGUUACUGAUGAAGAUUAAAGACCUUUUGUAAUAUGGUUGUUUAAAAAAUUUAGAAAAUUUAAUAAAAAAUUUCCCCUGAAAAUCCCACCACUAGGGGUCUCUAUACCUAGUGGGAUACUAACCCGUCAUGCAGCAGUAUUAGGCUUGUCCAUGAGUCAUGGACAAGAGAUGGCUCAUGGACAAGGCUGCAUGAGCAGACACACCAAUCACCUCCCACCACCACAAGGGACACGCCCCCUUCUCCUGAGAGGAUUUCUAACACUGAGCUAAUGAAAAGAUGGAUUUUUAUGAUAAAUAUAGGUGAUAGAUGUACAUGGUCAGGAUUAGGGGGGAGAUUUAUCAAAAUGUGAGAGAGAAAAACUGGAUUUUUCCCAUAAGAAGGAGAUUCAUCAAAACCUGUGCAGACGAAACGUCGACCAGUUGCCCAUAGCAACCAAUCAGAUCGCUUCUUUAGUUUUUGAAAAGGCCUCUGAAAAAUAAAAGAAACAAUCUGGUUGCCAUGGGCGACUGGUCAGCUUUUCCUCAGCACAGAUCUUUAUGAAUCUCCCCUAUGUGUGACCCUACCUUUUUUUAACCCCUUAAUGACCAAGCCCAUUUUCACCUUAAGGAUCAGGCCAAUUUUAUUUUAGCGUUUUUCGUUUUUUCCUCCUCGCCUUCUAAAAUCCAUAACUCUUUUAUAUUUCCAUCUACAGACCCAUAUAAGGGCUUGUUUUUUGCGUGACCAAUUGUACUUUGUAAUGAAACCCCUCAUUUUACCAUAAAAUGUAUGGCGAACCCCAAAAAAAAAAUUUUUAGGGAGGAAAUUUAAAUGAAAACCAAAAUUUUGCACAUUUUGGAGGGUUUUGUUUUCACACUGUACACUUUACGGUAAAAAUGACAUGUGCUUUAUUCUGUGGGUCAAUAAGAUAAAAUGAUACCCAUGGCUAGAUACUUUUAUAUUUUUGUACCACUUAAAAAAAAUCUUAAACUUUUUGUACAAAAUCAGUAAUCUAAAAUUGCCCUAUUUUGACCACCUAUAACUUUUUCAUUUUUCCGUAUAUAGGGCGGUAUGAGGGCUAAUUUUUUGCGCCGUCAUCUUUUUUUUUAGAUAUCACAUUUGCAUAUAUAAAACUUUUUUUUUUUAUAAAAUGUGACAAAAAAGCAGCAUUUUUUGACUUUUUGAAUUUUUUACGUUUACGCCAUUCACCUUACGGGAUCAUUAACAUAAUAUUUUGAUAGUUCAGACAUUUACGCAUGCGGCGAUACCAAAUAUGUUUAUUUAAAAAAAAAUUUACGCUUUUUGGGGGUAAAAUAGGAAAAACGGACAAUUUUCAUUUUUAUAGGGGGAGGGGAUUUUUCACUUUUUUUUUUACGUUUUAUUUUUACAUUUUUCAAAAAAAAAAAUUUUACACUUUUUAUGUCCCCAUAGGGGACUAUCUAUAGCAAUCCUUUGAUUGCUAAUACUGUGCAGUGCUAUGCAUAGGACACAGCACUGCUCAGUAUUAUCGGUGAUCUUCUGCUCUGGUCUGCUUGAUCGCAGACCAGAGCAGAAGACCCCGGGAGACGGCCGGAGCUAGGUAAGGGGACCUCCGGUUGUCAUGCUGGAUGAUCGGAUCCCCGCGACAGCGCUGCGGGCGAUUCGAUCAUCCAAUCAAAGUGCCGCAAUGCCGUGAUCUGUAUUGAUCACGGCAUCGGAGGGGUUAAUGGCGGACAUUGGCGCGAUCGCGGAUGUCGGCCAUUACGGGCGGGUCCCCGGCUGCUACUAGCAGCCGGAACCUGCCGUGUAUGACGCGAGCACCCUUCCGAUGCUCGCGGUCAUACACAGGACGUAAAUGUACGUCCUGGUGCGGGAAGUCCCGCCAAACCAGGACGUACAUUUACGUCCGUGGUCGUUAAGGGGUUAAAGAAACGUUCCUGGAUCUGAUGCUAUAGACAGAUCCAGGAACAUCUGGGCUGUGUGUUUUGGCAUCUCCAAAAAAUACAAAAUAUGUCAUGCGCAAACCCGGCCUAACAAGGGUUGUCCCAUUAGGACGUCUUCUGUAGAUACUAGGGUUUCCAACUGGCCAGUAUUUUACCGACAUAGCUGGUAUUUUGGCCAUCAUGACGGUAUUUUUAUAUUGAAAGUAUCGGCUAUUAGGGCUGGGCGGUAUGACCAAAUGUGUGUAUCACGGUAUUUUUUUAAACUUUUGGUGGUUCCACGGUAUAUAACGGUAUUUCCUA